CCAAAGCUCUGUUCUUAACACGCAAGCGCUAUUGAAACACAAAGGUCGUUCAAAUGGAGCAUGCGUCGUUCACCGCAUGAGCAUUUGUUAGUCACAUGACCAGAAAAGGCGGAAGUAUUGCUUCCUGGCCAGUGUUACGCUAAAUACUGAAGUCAGUGCAAAAAUGACCACUUCAAAAUACAAAACUGUAAUUCAAGGAGAAGCAUCGGAGACGGAUUCAGAUGAAGAAGUGUACCUGUCUUCUGUGCCCCAGGGUUCGUUGCCCAGCCUUUCUGGAGUGAAGGUUGCUGGGGAAGCCUCUGAAACAGAUGAGGAAGAUGGAAGUUCUGACCAGUCCAAAAGGGAGGCACACUUGAUCAGCCCAGACUUGCCACCGCUGGUGGUUUACAGGAAUGAGGAUGCGACCUCUCCCACUGCCGUUGAAGAGAAGCCUGCUCUUCGCUCCCGACACCGGGGCCGCUACAGCACCCUCCUGCAGCAGAAGCUGAUUGAGAGUAAUGCUCGUUUGUACUACGACGUCAAUAGCACUGUCAAGCAGGUGUACCAGACGGCCAUCAAGGAGAUCGGAGCCAUUACGGGGCAGCUCAGUAACUCACAAAACGGCAUCAUCAAUGCCUCACACAACAUCCGGCUUGUCCUGGAGGACCUGAAAGCUGUGGCUGACAAGGUAGACAUCAUCACCAGCUGCAACCUGCUGCCAGAUAUCCAAAUACAGCUGCCUCCAGCACAAACCUAAUCUGGUUUCAGAUUGUCUAAGAAGUGAAGCAAUGUUAAGAUGACACCUUGGCUCUAAGGUGCAGCUUAAAGCAAAACUGUCACAAAGAAACACAAACUGUCACAAAGCAAAACUGUUGCCUGGUGUUUAAAUCACAGCAUAUGCAAUGACAAUGACUCCUCUAGUAACAAAACAAAAUAAAAUGAUCCUGUAUAUAUACUA